ACCCUAGGGUCUGCACCGGGGGGGGUGGGGGGGUGGGGGUUUGGGGCGAACCCCAUCCCGCUGCGGGGAAACUGAGGCACGGAGCCGCCGCGGGCAAGGGCAAAGGCGGAUCCAGCUUUUCCGGUGCCAGCCUCUUGCGUGCAAUUAUCCCUGCUCCCAGCACUCCCUCCCUCCUCUCCCCUUGUUUUUCUUUCCCCACCCGGUGUUGAGCAAACCCAGAACCACCCGCUGGCGUUCGGCCGGGGCCCCCGCGCCCCGCGGCGUCCCGGGGAGCGGCCGGGGCUCGCGCCUCGCCGUUCCCGACCGGGCUUGUUCCCGGCUCCCCGCCGCCUGCUCCUGCCCGCGCUGCCUAUUCCUGGCUGCCGGCCCCCCUUCCCUCCCCGGUGCCAUCUGUGCCACCGCCGCCGCGGGGCUCCGGCGCCGGCGGCCGCCCCCGCCGCGUUCAGCACCCCCGCGCUGUGCCCGCAGGAGCUCAGCCCCUCCGGCCAUGGAGCUGCUGUCCACCCCGAAAAACAUCGAGAUCAACAACAUCACCUGCGACUCCUUCCGCAUCUCCUGGGCCAUGGACAAGGGGGACCUGGAGAGGGUCACCCACUACUUCAUCGACCUCAAUAAGAAGGAGAACAAGAACUCCAACAAGUUCAAGCACCGGGACGUCCCCACCAAGCUGGUGGCCAAGGCGGUGCCGCUGCCCAUGACGGUGCGGGGGCACUGGUUCCUGAGCCCCCGCACCGAGUACAGCGUGGCGGUGCAGACGGCCGUCAAGCAGAGCGACGGCGAGUACCUGGUGUCCGGCUGGAGCGAGACGGUGGAGUUCUGCACCGGGGAUUACGCCAAGGAGCACCUGGCCCAGCUGCAGGAGAAAGCCGAGCUGAUCGCCGGCCGCAUGCUGCGCUUCUCCGUCUUCUACCGCAACCAGCACAAGGAGUAUUUCCAGCACGUCAGGAUGCACUGCGGGAACGUGAUGAAGCCGUCGCUGAAGGACAACAGCGGCAGCCACGGCUCGCCCACCAGCGGCAUGCUGCACGGCAUCUUCUUCAGCUGCAACACCGAGUUCAACACCGGGCAGCCCCCCCAGGACUCGCCCUACGGCCGCUACCGCUUCCAGAUCCCGGCUCAGCGCCUCUUCAACCCCAACACCAACCUCUACUUCGCGGACUUCUACUGCAUGUACACCGCCUACCACUACGUCGUCCUGGUCCUGGCGCCCAAGGGCUCCUCGGGGGACCUCUUCUGCCGGGAGCGCCUGCCCCAGCUGGACAUUUCCUCCAACAAGUUCCUGACGUGCUGCGUGGAGGACGGCGAGCUGGUGUACCGCCACGCCCAGGACAGCAUCCUGGAGGUCAUAUACACCGAGCCCGUGGACCUCAGCCUCGGCGUGCUGGGGGAGAUCAGCGGCCACCAGCUCAUGAGCCUCUCCACCGCCAACGCCAAAAAGGACCCCAGCUGCAAGACGUGCAACAUCAGCGUGGGGCGCUAAGGGCCGGCCGCGGGCAGGGCUGGGGGGCGCGGGGAGCACGGCACCCAGCCCGGGUGCUUCUGCGAAGGACGCUGCUGGGGGAGGACGGGGCUGGACGGAGCUGCGGGGGGGACCCGUCGGCACCCCCGCCUUUUUGGGGAGGGACCCCUCAGCCGAGCCCCGAGGGAGGGAGCCUUCGUCUCCCGGACUGGCCGACCAUCCUCGUCCUCGCUGGCACGAGCUCUGCCCUCCGCCGGGGGAGCCCCUCGCUUUGCGCCCGCCGCCCCCCGGCUCCGGGGCUCGCUCCCCGGCCCGCGCCGCAGCUCCUGGGGAGCCCCAGCCCUGCCUCCCGCCCCAGGGGGAGCCCUGCCCAGCCCAGCCCCACGCUGCCAGCCCGCCGGGGAGGGCGGCAGCUCCGGCACGAAGGCUCCAAGCACCCCCGGAUUUGAACUGCUCCUUGCUCCCAACAAAAGCACAAGGGACCCUGGCCCCUCGCCCGGACCCCCGGACCCGGCUGAGCUCCCCCGUGGGGUGCUGAGCGCCCCGGGGACUCUCCAGCCGCCUUCGCCCCGCAGCCGGAGAAGCGGAGACGCAUGCGUGCCCGCGGGCCCUCGCUAAAUCUGCCGGGGCAGGGGGCGCUCGGGGUGGGGGGGGGUGUGUGCAGCCGUGGUCCGCCUGUCCGCAGUGGUGUCGUGCAGCGCUGUGCCGUGUUCGCUCUGUGCUCCAGCCCUCGCUCUGCCGCCCGAAACCCCGGCCCCGCGGCCCGGGAGGCAGCCGGAGGAGCCGGGGUGCCGGUGCUCGGGGGGGGGGAAAUCCGUGCGCCCCCCCGUCUCCCCACCGCCCCCCCAGCAUGAGCCGUCGGCAGCAUGGCGCUCGCGUGCCGGCCCGCUCCCCGGUCUCUGUGUACCCGAUGCACGCUGUAACGGUAGAAGAGAACAACCCCCCCCGUCCCCGAGCAACCCUGUGCUGUGCUGGCGGUGUAUCAAUAAACUGUGUGCGGUCGCCA